AUGGCAUGGUUCCGAUACGAUCUCAUGUCUCUCUUCAGACACUUCGAGUUCCCUAAUCUUUCCUCUCUCGAAAUUGAAUGGUCGGAAUCAUAUCGAGACGGCGACAACGCUCUGAGCCCACUGGAAGAAGACCCUGACUUCCCUCCUGCUUUCUUCCGCUCGCUGUCGGGGUUAGAAAAGCUGAAGUUGGUGUUCCUUGAAAGAUAUCGACGCAAACGUGACCCGAAGCCCAUUGAUCACCUCACAUCCUUUCCAGAGAUCUUAGAAGCAUCACCCUCUAUAACGGAUUUAGAGAUUAUCCAAGAGGGCUCGGUUAGGGAUAAGAUCGACACAUUCAACACUACUUAUCCCUUUAAUCAUUCGCGCGGACAGUCCUACACACGUUUUAGUUCCAAAGUUGUCCUCCCUAUUCAUCUUUCACAGUUCUUUUCCGUGUUUUUGUUGUUCUCCAAGAGGCGAAAUGGCAGGAUUAGAAAGGUGUCUAUUUGA